UAAGUAAGAUAGUGAAUAAUACUAUUGAAUCAGAAAUAGAAUAGCUAAGACAGGGCUCUAAAGUUUAGGCUGGAUGAUGAUGAUCUGGCAAAGAAUAAAAAAGAUGGACGGUGACCAAUGCAUGGCUGCCGAGCCCGGCGUCCUGGCAGAUUACCUAUUUGAGCUGCCUUGUCCCAGAUGGGUUGAAUUCCGUGGGGAGACGAGGGAGAAAUUUGGGGCACAUGGAAAUAAUUUCUCCUAGAGUGUUCAUCUUAUCUAGUAGAAUGCCAUGGA